UUAAAAGACCAUAUUGAUAUUAAUCUACAAGAAUAUAAAAUAUAUUCAAGAUAAGUGAAGGUCGGUGUGAACUAUAUUUGUAUAUAAACCAGGGUGGUGGCUGCAGAGAACCACAUUGUUCUGUUGCGUAAAGUUCUAGAACAACGGCAAAUAUGAACGGUUUGCUCAUCGUCACCCUUUGUUCCUUUGCUGUAGCCCUCGCCAAUCCAGGUGGAGUUGGCUUGGCUGGCGGUUUAGGCUUGGGCGGUGGCUUAGGUUUGGCUGGAGGUUUGGGCUUGGCACAUGGAGGUAUUGCUGCUGGAGGUCUUGUUGCUCCAGGUGUAGCCGCUGGUGCUGUCUUAGCUCCUGGUGUAUCUACUGGCGCCGUUUUGGCUCCAGCCACUUCUGCUGGUGCUAUUGCAGCUGGACCCGCUCAAGCCGGUUCAAUUGUUGCCGGACCUGCCUCUGCUGGUGCCAUCUCCGCUGGUCCCGCCUCAGCUGGUGCCAUUUCCGUAGGACCGGCUAGUGCCGGUGGUAUCUCUGCUGGUAUCGCUACCACUGGUGCCAUCACUGCUGGUCUUGCCAGUCCAGGACUCAUUGCCCCAGCUAUUGCUGCACCUGCUGCCAUCGCUGCUCCUGCUCUUGGCGUCGGUCUCGGUGGCGUUGGUGUUGGAGGCGUCGGUCUUGGCGGCGUUGGUCUUGGAGGCGUCGGUCUUGGUGGCGUUGGUCUUGGAGGCGUCGGUCUUGGUGCUGGUCUUGGUGCUGGUGUAAUUACUAAUGGAGGAGGCUCAAUCGGAGUUAGUGGACAUGGUGCUGUGGUUUCCGGACCCCCAACUGCUCCAGCAGCUAUUGUAGGACCAGCUGGAGCUGUAAAAGCUGACGGUCUCUGGGGACCUACACUUGCUGGAGGUCUUGGACAUAAAGGUCUCCUUCACUAAGUCUUAAGCUAACUUAGUGAAAUAACUAUAAAUUUUGUUUUUGUCCAUUGAGUUUUUUUAUAUAUCUACAAGGUAGAUCUUAAUGCAGUUUUCUUGCAUUGUUUGCGAUACACCAGAUAUUUUUUGUAAUGUAUUAAAAAAUAGAUAUAUUUUUUACUUUUGAUAA